ACGCAGCAUCUUCGUCUCUCCAUUUCAGUGGCUCGGGUCAUCUUCGCCUUCUCAGCGGCCGCUGCGACUUCUCACCAGCCGCUUCACGGAAAUGGAAACGCCUUGACUUUUGUAUAAAACGACGUUAGCGACACAAACCUAUUAUUUCUGCCUCCACUCAGAUCCCGAACGUCCGUGUGGGUGACGCCACCGUUUGUCUCUGUGCCAAGAAUAAGCGGUGACGAGACUACAUGUCCCAGAAUCCCCUCUGACAUUUGCAGACUUCCUCCUUCAUCUGCAUUUCCUCUCUCCUUCCGUCCAGUUGGUUGGAUGAGUCCCAAACAGUGUUACAAUCCUGAGCAGUGAUUGGGCGCUGAGCCAGGCUAGCCAUCAUGGCAGACGUGGACCCAGACACCCUACUGGAAUGGCUGCAGAUGGGUCAGGGCGAUGAGCGCGACAUGCAGCUCAUCGCUCUGGAGCAGCUGUGCAUGCUGCUGCUCAUGUCGGACAAUGUGGACCGCUGCUUUGAAACCUGUCCUCCACGGACAUUCCUUCCUGCUCUGUGUAAGAUCUUCCUGGAUGAGAGUGCUCCAGAUAAUGUGCUCGAAGUGACAGCACGAGCCAUCACCUACUACCUGGACGUGUCUGCUGAGUGCACACGGCGAAUCGUUGGGGUGGAUGGAGCCAUCAAGGCGCUGUGUAACAGACUGGUGGUAGUGGAACUCAACAACAGGACGAGCAGGGACCUCGCUGAGCAAUGUGUCAAGGUUCUAGAGCUGAUCUGCACACGAGAGUCUGGAGCGGUGUUUGAGGCCGGCGGCCUGAACUGUGUCCUAAGCUUCAUCAGAGACAGUGGCCACCUGGUCCACAAAGACACUCUGCACUCGGCCAUGGCAGUGGUGUCUCGCCUCUGCAGCAAGAUGGAGCCUCAGGACUCGUCUCUGGAGACGUGUGUCGAGUCUUUGUCCAGUCUCCUCAAGCAUGAAGAUCACCAGGUGUCAGAUGGUGCCCUCCGCUGCUUCGCCUCUUUAGCUGACAGAUUCACACGCCGGGGCGUUGACCCUGCCCCUUUAGCCAAACAUGGUCUCACUGAGGAGCUGCUGUCUCGCAUGGCAGCUGCUGGGGGCACUGCCUCGGGCCCCUCCUCAUCCUGUAAACCAGGCCGGACUUCGACCGGUGGUGCCCCGUCUGCCCAGGACUCGAAACUUAGCAACCAGGUGUCAACCAUCGUCAGUUUGCUAUCGACACUGUGCAGAGGCUCGCCCCUCGUCACUCAUGACCUGCUGCGUUCAGCCCUGCCUGACUCGAUGGAGUCAGCUCUGGGAGGAGACGAAAGGUGUGUCCUUGACACAAUGCGACUGGUGGACCUCCUGCUGGUGCUCCUUUUUGAAGGGAGGAAAGCUCUGCCCAAGUCUACCGCCGGCUCAACCAGUCGGAUCCCUGGAUUGAGACGUUUGGACAGCUCUGGAGAGAGGUCACACCGACAGCUCAUUGACUGUAUCCGCAGCAAAGAUACUGAUGCUCUGAUUGAUGCCAUUGACACCGGAGCGUUUGAGGUAAACUUCAUGGACGACGUUGGUCAGACGCUCCUCAACUGGGCUUCAGCUUUUGGGACACAGGAAAUGGUGGAGUUCUUGUGUGAAAGAGGUGCAGAUGUCAACCGAGGUCAAAGGUCAUCCUCACUGCACUAUGCUGCCUGUUUUGGGCGGCCACAAGUCGCUAAGACGCUGCUGCGUCACGGAGCCAACCCUGACCUGAGAGACGAGGAUGGAAAGACUCCUUUGGACAAAGCCAGGGAGAGGGGACACAGUGAAGUGGUGGCCAUUCUGCAGUCCCCUGGAGACUGGAUGUGUCCCGUGAACAAAGGUGAUGAGAAGAAGAAGAAAGAUGUGAAUAAGGAGGAGGAGGAGAGCAGUGAACCCAGAGGUGAUCCAGAGAUGGCUCCCAUCUACCUGAAGAGACUGCUGCCUGUUUUUGCACAAACCUUUCAGCAAACCAUGCUGCCUUCUAUCAGAAAAGCCAGUCUGGCUCUGAUCAGGAAGAUGGUCCACUACAGCAGUGAAGUACUGCUGAAGGAGGUCUGUGACAGUGAGUCUGGUCACAACCUGCCCACAGUGCUGGUGGAGAUCACAGCCACCGUCCUGGACCACGAGGAUGAUGAUGACGGUCACCUGCUGGCUCUGCAAAUCAUAAGAGACCUGGUGGACAAAGGUGGAGAUGUUUUCCUUGAUCAACUGGCUCGACUGGGUGUCAUCAACAAGGUGUCCACUCUGGCUGGACCUGCUUCUGAUGAUGAGAAUGAAGACGAGGCCAAGCCCGAGAAGGAGGAAGAGGUACAGGAGGAUGCUAGGGAGAUCCAGCAGGGGAAGCCGUAUCACUGGAGGGACUGGUCCAUCAUCAGAGGACGUGACUGUCUCUACAUUUGGUCAGAUGCUGCUGCGCUGGAGCUCUCCAAUGGCUCCAAUGGCUGGUUCCGCUUCAUCCUGGAUGGAAAGCUGGCCACCAUGUACUCCAGUGGAAGUCCAGAGGGUGGAUCAGACAGUUCUGAGUCUCGGAGUGAGUUCCUGGAGAAGCUUCAGCGGGCGAGGAGUCAGGUGAAGCCUGUAACAGCCAGUCAGCCCAUCCUGUCCAGUGUGGGACCCACCAAACUGACAGUUGGGAAUUGGUCCCUGACCUGCCUUAAAGAUGGAGAAAUUGCCAUCCACAAUUCAGAUGGCCAGCAAGCCACCAUCCUGAAGGAAGACCUGCCGGGCUUCGUGUUUGAGUCCAACAGAGGAACCAAACACUCAUUUACUGCCGAGACGUCGCUGGGAUCUGAGUUUGUAACAGGCUGGACUGGAAAGCGCGGCAGAAAGCUGAAGUCGAAGCUGGAGAAGACGAAGCAGAAGGUGAAGAGCAUGGCCAGGGAGCUGUAUGAUGACCACUUCAAAGCAGUAGAGAGCAUGCCCAGAGGAGUGGUGGUCACUCUGAGGAACAUCUCUACUCAGCUCGAGUCCUCCUGGGAGCUGCAUACCAACAGACAGUGCAUUGAAGGUGAAAACACGUGGAGAGACCUAAUGAAGACAGCUCUGGAGAACCUGAUUGUGGUGUUGAAGGAUGAAAACACCAUUUCUCCAUAUGAGAUGUGCAGCAGCGGCCUGGUCCAGGCUCUGUUCACCGUCCUUAACAAUAGUGUGGAAUUGGACCUAAAAAAUGAUUGUAAACCUUUAAUGGAGAGGAUCAACGUGUUUAAGGCGGCUUUCAGUGAAAAUGAAGACGAUGAAAGCCGACCGGCUGUUGCCUUAAUCCGUAAACUGAUUGCCGUCUUGGAGUCUAUCGAACGUCUACCUCUGCACCUGUACGACACUCCAGGCUCCGCCUACAACCUUCAGAUCUUAACCAGGAGGUUACGUUUCCGUUUGGAGCGUGCGCCAGGUGAGACGGCGCUCAUCGACCGGACUGGCCGCAUGUUAAAGAUGGAGCCUCUGGCCACCGUGGAGUCACUGGAGCAGUACCUGCUGAAGAUGGUGGCAAAGCAGUGGUACGACUUUGAGCGCUCCUCCUUUGUUUUUGUGAGAAAGCUGCGAGAAGGUCAGACCUUUGCUUUUAGACACCAACAUGACUUUGACGAGAACGGAAUCGUCUACUGGGUCGGAACUAACGCAAAGACGGCAUAUGAGUGGGUCAACCCUGCAGCCUAUGGCUUGGUGGUGGUGACUUCAUCUGAGGGGCGAAAUCUUCCAUAUGGCCGUUUGGAGGAUAUCUUAAGUCGGGAUAGCUCUGCCCUCAACUGUCACACAAAUGAUGACAAGAAUGCCUGGUUUGCCAUUGACCUUGGCCUCUGGGUCAUUCCCUCAGCCUACACCCUGAGACACGCUAGAGGUUACGGUCGCUCUGCACUCAGGAAUUGGGUUUUCCAGGUGUCCAAGGAUGGUCAGAACUGGACCACUCUAUACACACAUGUGGAUGACUCCAGCCUAAAUGAGCCUGGUUCCACGGCUACGUGGCCCCUGGACCCAUCCAAAGAGGAGAAGCAAGGCUGGAGACACAUCCGCAUCAAACAGAUGGGGAAGAAUGCCAGUGGUCAGACUCACUACCUGUCUCUGUCUGGUCUCGAGCUGUAUGGAAAUGUCACAGCAGUCUGUGAGGACCAGCUGGGUAAAGCUGUUAAGGAAGCAGAGGCAAACCUGCGACGUCAGCGCCGCCUCUUUCGUUCUCAGGUGAUGAAGUACAUUGUUCCUGGGGCACGAGUCGUCCGUGGCAUCGACUGGAAGUGGCGGGACCAGGAUGGAAAUCCAGCUGGAGAGGGAACAGUUACUGGAGAGGCUCAUAACGGCUGGAUUGAUGUAACCUGGGAUGCUGGCGGCUCUAACUCUUAUCGUAUGGGCGCUGAAGGGAAGUUUGACCUCAAGCUUGCUCCAGGGUACGACCCUGAGUCGGCUGCCACAGCGCCGUCAACCAAACCUGUCUCAUCCACUGUUUCAGGCCCCGCCUCCUCCAUGGUGGGACCCUCCGCGACACUGGCAGCCGGCGCCGCCACGACCACCUCAUCAUCAUCCUCGUCUUCACUGUCGUCUCAGCAGCAACUUUGGAGCAGUCUGGUGAAAAAUAACUGUCCUGACAAGGGCGGAGCCAUGUCGCUGGGUGGAGCCAGCUCCUCUAGCAGGAAGGGUAGCAGCAGCUCAGUCUGCAGCGUUGCCUCGUCUUCAGACAUCAGUCAGAGUUCUUCUACUGGGUUGCCAUGUACCGGGGGUCUGCGGUUAGAGCGGCGAGCUGAGGGGCUGCUGCUGGACCCUGGCUCUCGGGGGGGAGGAGUCAUGGGAGGUGGGGCCAGUGACGGACAACAUCAGGAGCCUAUUGUUGUGCUGUCGUCGGUGGUGGAAAGUUUGUCUGGUUCAGCAUCCAGCUCUGGCACCCUGACCGCAGACACCUCAAAUGCUGGGGAUGAGGCCAGGAACAAGGACUUGUCAGUGGCUAACAUGGACCCAGCAACCGCCAUCUCCAUGGGGCUGGUGAGCGUCAGCUCGCCUGACGUAAGCUCGGUGUCAGAAUCUUCCAGUAAGGACGCUCCUUCUCAAAGGCCUCUGUGCUCAGCAACUAACGCCCGGCUGUCAGUCAGCUCACUGUUGGCUGCAGGCGCUCCCAUGAGCUCCAGUGCCAGCGUUCCCAACCUGUCGUCCCGAGAGGCCAGCCUGAUGGAGUCCUUUGUCCGGCGUGCACCAAACAUGUCUCGCACCAACGCCACCAACAACAUGAACCUGAGCCGCAGCAGCAGUGACAACAACACUAACACGCUGGGCAGGAAUGUUAUGAGUACUGCAACUUCUCCUCUGAUGGGUGCUCAGAGCUUCCCGAACCUAACCACAACCGGUACCACCUCAACCGUUACUAUGUCAACCUCCAUAGUUACCAGCAGCAAUAACGUAGCCACAGCAACCACAGGGUUAUCAGUUGGGCAGUUGCUAAGCAACACCCUGACGACCAGCCUGACGUCAACAUCCAGUGAGAGUGAUACGGGGCAGGAGGCAGAGUUUUCUCUGUACGACUUCUUGGACAGCUGUCGUGCUAACACCCUGUUGGCUGAGCUGGAGGACGAGGAGGACCUGCCCGAGCCUGAUGAUGAUGACGAUGAAAAUGAAGAUGACAAUCAGGAGGACCAGGAGUAUGAAGAUGUUCUGGAAGAGGAAGAGUACGAGACUAAAGGAGGACGCAGGAGGACAUGGGAUGACGACUUUGUCCUGAAGAGACAGUUCUCUGCUCUGGUUCCUGCAUUUGACCCCAGACCAGGAAGGACCAAUGUCCAGCAGACUACAGACUUGGAAAUUCCUCCACCAGGGACCCCACGCUCAGAAGUUCAGGAGGAGGUGGAAUGUGCUCCCUCUCCUCACCUCGCCCUCACCCUGAAGGUGUCAGGGUUGGGUACGACCCGCGAGGUUGAGCUUCCUCUGUCCAACUACAAGUCCACCAUCUUCUACUACGUCCAGCGGCUGCUGCAGCUCUCCUGCAACGGAGCCGUGAAGACUGAUAAACUGCGGCGCAUCUGGGAACCUACGUACACAAUCAUGUACAGAGAGCUGAAGGAUGCUGAGAAGGAGAAGGAGAGCAGCAAAAUGGACUUCUGUGAGCACAAUGUUGGUCGUUCUGGAGGUUUGAGUCCAAGUUCUGUCUCAGCCAAUCAGAACAGUGAGAUCCUGGGCGGGGCCAAGGAGGCGGCUCAGGCAAAGGCAGGCUGCAGCCAAAACGCCUGUGGAGUCGAGGACGUCCUGCAGUUGUUACGCAUUCUCUACAUCAUCGGAGGAGACGCCACCUCCAACGCACGCACGUUACAGGAGGAUAUCGAUGAGCUGCAGUUUAACGCCUCUCCUGAGGAGUUCACCAGUAAAAAAAUCACUACAAAGAUCCUCCAGCAGAUCGAGGAGCCUCUUGCUCUUGCCAGCGGUGCUCUGCCCGACUGGUGCGAGCAGCUCACGUCCAAGUGUCCGUUUCUUAUUCCCUUUGAAACACGUCAGCUUUACUUCACAUGCACUGCUUUUGGAGCCUCAAGGGCCAUCGUUUGGUUGCAGAACAGGAGGGAGGCAACCAUGGAGCGCUCAAGACCGUCUACCACUGUGCGCCGAGACGAUCCUGGAGAAUUUAGGGUGGGCCGGCUAAAACAUGAGCGAGUCAAAGUACCCCGUGGUGAGGCCAUGAUGGAAUGGGCGGAGUCUGUCAUGCAGAUUCAUGCAGACAGGAAGUCUGUGCUAGAGGUGGAGUUUCAGGGUGAGGAGGGAACUGGUCUGGGUCCAACACUGGAGUUCUACGCCCUAGUAGCAGCUGAGUUCCAGAGAACCACUCUGGGAAUGUGGUUGUGUGAUGAUGACUUCCCUGACGAUGAGUCGAGACAGGUGGACCUUGGUGGUGGACUCAAGCCUCCAGGUUUCUACGUGCAGCGCUCCUGCGGUCUGUUUCCGGCACCAUUCCCUCAGGACAGCGAGGACCUGGAACGAAUCACAAAGCUCUUUCACUUCUUGGGCGUCUUCUUGGCCAAGUGUAUCCAGGACAACCGUCUGGUGGACCUGCCCGUUUCCCAGCCUUUCUUCAAGCUGCUCUGUCUAGGUGACAUCAAGUCCAACAUGAGCAAACUGUUGUAUCAGUCACGCAGCUCAGCGCCGCUGCCUGGUCACGACACUGAUAGGCUCCACCCACACUCCUUCCUGCUGCUAUCGGAGGUCCAGUCAGAAGCGUCUACUGAGGAGAGCCAAGAGACCUUCUCUGUGGGAAGCUUUGAUGAAGACUCAAAAUCUGAGUUCAUCUUAGACCCCCCUAAACCUAAACCUCCAGCCUGGUACCAUGGGAUCCUGACCUGGGAUGACUUCCAACUGGUCAACCCACACAGGGCGAGCUUCCUGAAGGAAGUGAAGGACUUGUCAGUGAAGAGGAGGCAGAUCCUGUCCAGCAAGAGUUUCUCUGAAGAUGAGAAGAACACACGGCUGCAGGAUCUGAUGCUCAGGAACCCCAUGGGUUCUGGUCCCCCGCUCAGCAUCGAGGACCUUGGUUUGAAUUUCCAGUUCUGUCCGUCCUCAAAGGUUCAUGGUUUCUCUGCAGUGGACCUCAAACCAAAUGGAGAUGAUGAGAUGGUAACGAUGGAGAACGCGGAGGAGUACGUGGAACUGAUGUUUGACUUCUGUAUGAACACAGGAAUCCAAAAACAGAUGGAGGCUUUCAGAGAGGGUUUUAAUCGAGUCUUUCCCAUGGAAAAGUUAAGUUCUUUCUGUCAUAAAGAAGUUCAGAUGAUUCUCUGUGGAAACCAAUCACCUUCCUGGACGGCUGAUGACAUCAUCAACUACACUGAACCAAAGCUGGGAUACACCAGAGACAGCCCGGGCUUCCUGCGAUUCGUCAGAGUUUUGUGCGGAAUGUCAUCAGACGAGAGGAAAGCAUUUUUACAGUUUACCACCGGCUGCUCUACGCUACCACCUGGUGGUCUUGCCAACCUCCACCCUCGCUUAACUAUAGUCCGAAAGGUGGAUGCCACAGAUUGCAGUUACCCAUCAGUGAACACGUGCGUUCAUUACUUGAAGCUUCCAGAAUAUUCCUCUGAAGUCAUCAUGAGAGAACGACUGCUCGCCGCCACCAUGGAGAAAGGUUUCCAUCUCAACUGA